CGCGUUUUAUUUAACACUCGUGCUUUUAAUUCUUGUGUUAAAUACUUUCUUGUAAAUAUGUUGCGCAAACAAGCUAGAUUAAGACGUGAAUACCUUUAUCAAAAAGCUAAUGAAAAUCGUCAAAAUAAAAACAAAAUUAAAAAAAAUAAUCUUCAACAGAGUUUGGUUCAAAAUAACUAUAUUCAUGGAGAUCUACAACGAGAUGCAAUCAAAAUACAAGAGAAAAUUAAAUAUGAUAUUAUUGGUGAAAAUUUAAAUAUCUUCGAUGAUGAAUAUCGCUAUGCGGGAUGCGAAGAUCCAAAAGUAAUGAUAACAACUUCACACGAACCAUCUGCUAGAUUGAAAAUGUUUGUCAAAGAGUUAAGACUAAUCGUACCAAAUUCCCAACGGAUGAAUAGAGGAAAGUAUGAACUAAAGCAAAUUGUACAUGCUUGUAAAUCGAAUGGGGUUACAGAUUUAAUAAUUGUUCACGAACACAGAGGAGUACCAGAUAAUCUAGUUGUAUGUCAUUUACCAUAUGGACCGACAGCCUUUUUUAAUAUAUCCGGAGUUGUAAUGCGUCACGAUAUACCUGAUAUUGGGCAUAUGAGUGAACAGGACCCACAUUUAGUAUUUCAUAAUUUUAAAACAAUUCUUGGACAACGUGUUAUGAAGAUAUUAAAACACAUUUUUCCGGUCCCAAAGAAAGAUUCCAAGCGUGUUAUAACAUUUGCUAAUAAUGAUGACUUCAUUUCAUUUCGACACCACACUUAUCAAUUUAUUAAUAAAGAAUUAGAGCUCACUGAGGUUGGUCCUCGUUUUCAACUAAAAUUGUAUCAAAUAAAGUUAGGAACCCUUGAUGAGAUUCAUGCCGCUAACACCGAAUGGGUUCUUAGGCCAUAUAUGAAUACUUCUAUGAAGAGGCGCUUUUUAUCAGAUGAUGAUGGAUGGGGACAAGAAGAUAUCAACAGAACAGUAAUAAAAUCUUGAAUUUAUUGUAUUCGAAUCAUCUACAAAUAUUUAUUAAAUUGUGUUGUUUGAACUUAAUAUAAAACACAUUUAUGACGACAAAGCAUUUUGUAGCAAAAAAUAAAACUUCCGAGCAAAAUUGAUUGGAUGUGUUUUGCUUACUGUUUAAA